GCUGCUUCUUUGACAUUAGCUGCCGCUCACUCCAGUGCAUGUUCACAACAGCUAGGUGGUGACGUGGUAGAGCUCCUCAGGGCUGUGUGUGUCUCAGGAAUUCAUGAAUCUGGAGGAGAAUUUCUUCCAGUAUUUCCAGGAAGACGAAGGGCACGCGACCUUCCCCGAGCUCCCUGUCCCUACUACUUCAACUCCAUUUGACAAUUUCACCCUUCAUCCGGUGGAGCAGCGCAGAGAGACAUUGGAGGAGACCACCCAAAAUGGGUUCAGGCCUUGGAAGUGGAAAAGUCCAUUGAGUCCAAUUCCUAAGAGAAAAAAUGCUGGGGAUCCUCUGAGGAAUGGAGGCUAUAAGCGUAAGAUCACGAAGUCCAACUAUCAUGAAAAGUCUUCUGUCAGAAACCAACUGCAACAUAUCCUGGCAAAUCUAGGACCUGAAUGUCCCUUCUUUUUGAAGUCUAUGAUACAUUGUAAUGUUGUCCAUGGCUUUAGUUUGACAUUGCCGAAGCAAUUCUGCUAUUUGUAUCUGCCAUUCCAUGAUACAUCUAUAACCUUGGAAGAUGAAAGAGGAGAAGAAUAUAGAACAAUAUUUCUUGGGGACAAGAGGAGACUGAGCGGUGGAUGGAGAGGGUUUUGUGUUGCAAAGAAAUUAGUUCUUGGUGACCUCUUAGUUUUCCAUUUGGUCAGUCCUUUGAAGUUUAAGGUGUACAAAGUGGAACCUGAUAGUCUAACUGAAGUAGAUGCAGCUUUUAUCCUCUUGAAAUUGAGUCUCUCCACACUAUUUGAUGAUGCAGAAGAGUACCAUCCAAUGCCUCCUCCAAAAGAUGCUUGCCAAGACAAUAUUCAAACGACAAGUCUGACAAUAGAUGCUAUUCUGGAGCGUGUAGAUGAAGAUCACUCCGAGGAUUACAGUGAUCAUCGUUUUGGCUCCAAUCUACUAUUUCAUCCAGGACUUGUCACUCUUGAAGAUGUUUGAAGUAAUUGUGAAUGUCACCAGCAUUUUGAUGAUGAUGAAAUUAGAGCACGACCCACAUAAUACACACACACAAACAUAUGUCUCUUUGAGGAGUUUAAUUCCUGGGUAGUUAGAUACUUAGGAACUCCAAUACUCCAUAUGACCAUAUACGGUUGUAAUUUUGGGUAUAAUAGUUGAAUCCUUCAAUUCUA